GGCCGAAUCUACCAUGCCAUACAAUGCUCGAAUGCUCCCUACGAUUCCUGCUUCUUCCUACUGUCAGAAUAUAAAUCACGAAACAGUCACGACCACCACGACAAGUUUGCAGUUACGGGCAAAUACGCUAGGUCCGAAUCAUGGUCGUCCUUUCAGUCGCGGUCACUACAAAGAGCGGGAAGCCGGUACUAUCCAGACAGUUCCGCCCGUUGCCCAAAUCCCGUAUCGAUGGACUCCUUACCUCGUUUCCGAAACUGAUACCCGUCGGCUCGCAACACACAACCGUCGAGACCCCAGACGUCCGCUUCGUCUACCAGCCCUUCGACGAGCUGUAUGUGAUGCUGAUUACCAACAAGGGAUCGAACAUCCUACAAGACAUCUCCACUUUAUCGCUCGUCGUUCGCUUGAUCACCUCUUUGACUCCGUCCAUGUCGGAACCGGCUGUCCUGGCCAACUCGUUUGAGCUGCUCUGUGCGUUCGACGAGGUUGUCUCUCUCGGUUAUAAGGAGAACGCGAGUUUGCAGCAGAUUCGAAACGUCCUUGAAGGUGAAUCUCACGAGGAGAAGAUUCAGGAUAUUAUCGCCCGAAACAAGGAAGCAGAAGCAAAAGAAGAAUUGAAGCGGCGGGCCAAACAACUCGAGAUGCAGCGUCGGGAGCAACAGAGAAUGAAUCAAGGCACUUCCACCCGGGGACUCCAGGCUAGCCCUUACUCUUCCAGCAAUCCAGCUACGGGUGGUAGCACCGGCGGAUAUGCUCAAAUUCCCCGCCAAGAAACCUAUCCCAUCGAGCGGGAAAGCCGAUCUAGAUCGCCUGCCAAUCCUGCGAAACCGACAUUCAAAGGCACAGGCAUGAAGCUCGGUAAGAAGGGCAAACAAUCGGAUUUUUUGGCGGCGGUGGAGGAUCUCCCGGUUCCUGUCAAAGUCCCCGACGUGCAUGCCGGUCAAACUUUGUCGGAACCGGCCCAGCCUUUCCAAACGGACGAUGGUCACAACCCUGCAAUCCACGACGUAUAUAUCAAGAUUCGUGAGACGGUCAACGCACAAAUCAAUCGCGAAGGGGACCUCGAAGCAUUCGAUCUAAAAGGCGACAUGGAUCUUCGAAUCAACAAUCCUGUCUACGCCAAGGUUUCUGUAGUGCUUGCCGAUCUGCUCCCACAGUUCAAAGGCGCCAGUUCAAUGUUGCAAUUCCAGCAGCAUCCCAACAUCAAGAAGUUCUCAGCUUCGAGCGAUCAAAAGAUCAUCGCUUUGAAAGAUUCGGGCAAGAGCUUCCCCAUUGGGCAGAGCUUGGGUGUUUUGCGUUGGAAAUUCACGUCCAAGGACGACAGUAACAUUCCAUUGACACUGACCUGCUGGCGUACUGAAAACUCGGACGGUUCGGUGACCGCCAAUAUCGAAUACGAUUUGGUGUCGACCUCGCUCAACCUGCAGGAUGUGACUGUACGAGUUCCCUUAGAACAUACAGCGGACGAUAUCAGCUUAUCAUCCGGUGACUGGCUCACCGAUGAUAGUACACUCUCCUGGACCAUACCUUCAAUCAACGCUCAGCAACCUGCGGGUAAUCUCGAAUUCACCUGCAAAGCGACCGGACCUGACGGGUUCUUCCCGAUUCACGUCGGCUUCCGAAGCGAAGGCAGCAUCUGCGGGCUAGAGGUUGCUAAGGUCAUCGAAGCUCAACAUGACGGUCAAGUGCCGGCCUAUAUAGACGCUGAAUCAACAUCUGGGGCCUAUUACGUCGUUUGAUCAAAGCUGUACACAUCUCCUUUGCAUCAUCAAUAUUCGCUUUAGAUCCGCUUUAUGAUCGGCUUCACAAAAUCUCUUGUUCGAACUCUGAGGUGAUCCGAGACAGUAAUGCUCGGUUCUUAGGAGUUUCCUGUCAGCGGCCUACAGCGGUCUAUCAGCUACAGUUCAGGAUGUGAACUGGUAAUUGAGAUAUGGUUUUACUACAAUACUACAGAUCUUGCCACACGG